AGAUUCCCCCAUUUCAUUUCUUUCUCUUCCUCCUCUUCCUCUCUCUAUAUAAACCCUGCGAAAAUCCAAGCUUCUCAUAAACCCAACUUCCAUUUAUAUUUCGUUGCAAUCAAAUUCUCAAAUAUUGUUAAUCCUCCUUUCAGCUCUAGCUCUAUGAAUCUAGCCAUGGCCGACAACGAGUUUCAAGAAUCUGAGGUCAUCUUCUCCGUGGAUAAUCUCGACUUCGAGACCUGCUUGGAUUUCCGGCGUCACCAUCAAAACGACAAGUCGAAUUUCUCGAAGAAGAAGAAAAUGGGGAAGAUUAACAACAACGACAGCAACAAUAAUAUUAUCAAGUCUGUGCCGGUGAAAAUCCCCAACAACAUGUUCAGCGGCUCCGAGGACGACAGCGACGGAGACUACUACAAGGAGGAGGAGUGGGACGGGGGAGAAAUGGUGCCGCCGCAUCUGAUCGUGCGCCGGCGAAUUGCCGGGAAGAUGGCGUUCUCCCUGUGCACAGGAAACGGGCGGACGCUUAAAGGAAGGGAUUUGAGUCGAGUCCGGAAUUCGAUUCUCAGAAUGACUGGUUUCUUGGAAGCUUAGAAUUAACAGUUAUUAUUUAUUUUUACUUUUAUUUAGAUGGGAAAAAUACAAAGGAAAAAAAAAGAGGGAGAGCAAAUUGAAAUUGUUUCUUCCCCUGUCAAUUACUGUUAAUUUAUUUGGUCCUUUCAAUUAAUGUUUUUUAUUUUCA